UGCGUCCUCUCCUCCGACUCGCUCGCUCUCUAGCAGGCACUGAAGGGAAGGAGAGUGGGAAGGCAGGAGGCCGGAGUCGAGCACAGCUGGCCAGCUGCAGCCGGCCCCCGGGGCGUGUACAUGCUCCUCGCUGCGCCGGUGCCCUCCCUGAGGCCGCGGGCGGCCUGGGGCUGAGCUGGCCGGCCUGGGGGGAGCCGGCGGCACCGGCGCGGCGGCGGGAGAUGCGCAGCGGCCGCACUCCGCUGUCCGAGGAGCAGCCCCUCUGGACGCAGGGCCCCGAGGUCGCAGCCUUCUCCUCUUCUUGACCCACAAUGGAGCCCGGGGGCCAGCCCCUGCUGCUUGGUGUUAGUUUCGCCCUCACUACCAUAGCCACCAAGGCUUCCAUAGGCAACGAGACCACAGUGUCAUAUAAUGAGACUACAGCAGACUCCACAGACAGCAAGCCCACGCAGUCCCUGCUCAUCGGCAUCCUGGUACUGGUCUUACUGUUCAUCCUCUUCAUCUUCCUGGGCAGCUACUUCUUCAGGUUCAGGAGGCAGAGGAAGGCAGUGGUCAGCUCCAACGACAAGAAGAUCCCCAAUGGAAUCUUGGAAGAGCAAGAAACAAAGCCCACACCUCAGACCUAGACCUCAGAGACCCCCACCAGUGAGCCGAGUGCUGAGUCACAGCCUGGAAGGCCGGGACGAGAAGGGGCCAAACAGCCGGGCAGGCCCAGCACCCUGGGACCACCGGCUCCGGGAGCUGGAAUCACUGAGUCGGGCCCCUCACCUAGGGGUGGGGAGACUGAGGCUCGACUGCAUUCUUGCUUCCAGAGAGCAGCAAAGAGUGAUGCUCCUUAGCCGAUCUCCGUCGGGGCCCAAGAAGUAUUUCCCCAUCCCCGUGGAGCAUCUGGAGGAUGAGAUCCGCAUCCGCUCAGCAGACGAUUGUAAAAGGUUUCGAGAAGAGUUCAACUCUUUACCUUCGGGGCAUGUCCAAGGAUCAUUCGAAAUGGCCAACAAAGAAGAGAACAGAGACAAGAACAGAUACCCUAACAUUCUCCCCAACGACCCCUCCAGGGUGAUUCUCAGCCAAGUGGAUGGAAUCCCAUGCUCGGACUACAUCAAUGCUUCCUAUAUAGACGGCUACAAAGAGAAGAACAAGUUCAUCGCCGCUCAAGGCCCCAAGCAGGAGACGGUCAAUGACUUCUGGAGGAUGAUCUGGGAGCAAAAGUCGGCGACGAUCGUCAUGCUGACCAACUUGAAAGAAAGAAAAGAGGAAAAAUGCCAUCAGUACUGGCCAGACCAGGGGUGCUGGAUGUAUGGAAAUAUCCGGGUCUCUGUGGAGGACUGCAUCGUCCUGGUGGACUACACCAUUCGAAAGUUUUGUAUACAGUCGCAGCUCCAUGAUGGCUGCAAAGCCCCACGGCUGGUGACCCAGCUCCACUUCACCAGCUGGCCAGAUUUUGGGGUGCCCUUCACCCCCAUUGGGAUGCUGAAGUUUCUGAAAAAGGUGAAGACCUUGAAUCCUUCCCAUGCAGGACCCAUCACUGUUCACUGCAGUGCUGGCGUGGGCCGGACAGGCACCUUCAUCGUCAUCGACGCCAUCAUAGACAUGAUGCAUGCUGAGCAGAAGGUCGAUGUCUUUGAGUUUGUUUCCCGGAUCCGUAACCAGCGGCCCCAGAUGGUUCAAACUGAUAUGCAGUACACGUUCAUCUACCAAGCCUUACUCGAACACUACCUCUAUGGGGACACUGAGCUGGACGUGGCCUCCCUGGAGAAGCAUCUCCAAUCCCUUCACAGCCCCUCGGCACCUUUGGACAAAAUCGGCCUUGAAGAAGAAUUCAGAAAAUUGACAAACGUUCGAAUAAUGAAAGAAAACAUGAGAACGGGCAACUUGCCAGCAAACAUGAAGAAAGCCCGCGUCAUUCAGAUCAUCCCAUAUGACUUCAACAGAGUGAUUCUGUCGAUGAAAAGAGGCCAAGAAUACACUGACUACAUCAAUGCCUCCUUCAUAGACGGAUAUCGGCAGAAAGACUACUUCAUCGCGACCCAAGGGCCACUUCCGCACACGGUGGAAGACUUCUGGAGGAUGGUCUGGGAGUGGAAAUGCCACACGAUCGUGAUGCUGACUGAGGUCCAAGAGAGGGAACAGGAAAAAUGCUUUCAGUAUUGGCCAGCAGAUGGCUCUGUAACUCAUGGAGAGAUCAAUAUUGAAAUAAAGAGUGACACCAUUUCCGAGGCCAUCAGUGUCCGAGACUUCUUGGUUACUUUUAAUCAGGAGAAGAAGAGCAGGCUGGUCAGACAGUUUCACUUUCACGGCUGGCCUGAGAUUGGGAUCCCAGCUGAAGGGAAAGGCAUGAUCGACCUCAUUGCCGCAGUGCAGAAGCAGCAGCAACAGACGGGCAACCACCCCAUCACAGUGCACUGCAGCGCCGGAGCCGGGCGCACAGGGACGUUCAUAGCACUCAGCAACAUCCUGGAACGAGUCAAAGCCGAGGGACUCCUGGACGUCUUUCAGGCCGUGAAGAGCCUGCGACUGCAGCGGCCGCAUAUGGUGCAAACCUUGGAACAGUAUGAAUUCUGCUAUAAAGUGGUACAAGAUUUCAUCGAUAUAUUUUCUGAUUAUGCUAACUUCAAAUGAAGAUUCCUGCCUUAAAAUGUUUUUCUUUAAUUUAAUGGUCAGUACAAAUAUUUGUAAAUCUUGUUAAUUUAUUUCAUAAUUGACAUUAAUAUUGUUUCUAAUCCUGUGUAUAUAUUUUGUUAUACUUUAAAUAUCACCUCCUCUAAAAGAUAGAAAUUAAGUCUAAUACAUUAUCUUUUUUUAAAAUUGGCAUAACAUAAGUUAAAUAACAUUUUACCACAUGUCUAUAUAUUGCUCUGCCAAUGGCAGUGAUAUUUUUCCUUGUCAAUAGCAUAAUGAUGUAUUUCAUUUCGAAGGUUGAGUAUCUCAGAAUUUUAUAUGGCCACCAUUAGAACUCAAAAGAUGAAUUAUACAUCACAUGCUGAUUUCCAGUGCUGGAACAGACUUUCCAUUGUUGGUCAAACAGUUCAGAGUUCACCGAGCACCACCAAGCAUGCUUGGCUAGCUUUGCUUUUGAAAGCCCUGGGCAUGUCCCAUGCCAGGGCACCCCCACAACUUUGGUUCAUUGGUUCAUUGAGAGUAUAAAUAGAAGGGUUUUUAAGUCUUCUAUUUUAUUCUACAUAUUUCCUUUUCACUUUAAAAAAGUAUAUACCAUUUAAAAACCUGGAUCCAGGUCUGAAAGCUAGGAUAAUAAUUUUAUAUGCAUAUAUACACAUAUACAUACAUAUAUACGUAUGUAUUUGUGUGUUUUAGCCAGGGCUAUCUGCAGUGGGCCCCCAGCUCCAUACCUGCUGGGUGGGCCCCAGGAGUGCCCACCUUACCUCCUAAGGAGCAUGUUGAAAACCUUUAUAGUCAAACCACCUGGAUUCUUCAGGCCGGCCUCCAAUUCAGUGACACCAGAGGCUACUCAAGUUUGACUCGGCUGCAGACAUGUUUGUUGUCCCUGAAUGAUGCCAAGAGUAACCUCUUCCCCCACCUCAGAUGUAUCCCAGAAGCCCCCCAACUGUCAUUCCAGAUUUCCCCACAGAGCCAGAAAGUCUUCAAAGCAGAGUGCUUCAGCAGAAGUGUCCAGAGAAAUAGAAGUUAUUCUCCUUCAGAUUCUCAGUGUGAAAUCUUGUCCUAUGUAAAGAACUGCAGUUCUUUAUUUUAGGACACUUUUAAAGUCUAUCUAGAUUUGUAUGAGCUUUUAAAAAGUAUCUCUUAAGGUUAAAAUGGAGAUGAGGAAUCCUCCAACAAAAGUCGUUUGUUUGCGGACUGCGAUACCACUGAAACCUUACGUACGGGAGGAAAAAGGAUGCCACCACAGAACAGGACAGACACAGGGACGGAAGGUGGGAGAAGAAAAAGAAUCUUUAGACAGAGAUAUAUGAGCACAAGGAAAACGAAAGCUUAGCCCCGUCUGAGCAAAGUUAUUGCAAGCAUCUAACCCAGUCAAUGAAUUUUUUAUCUUUAUUUACAAACAGAAAAGCCUCAUUUAGAAGUCAGGUGAUCAGGGCCAAUGGGCAGGUCCUAUUGCCCAAGACCAUCCUUGCCCUGCAAGAUGAGGCUGCAGCUUGAAAUGACUCCCAUCAGUGAUAGAAGCCAGGAGCAUUCAAUGAACCUCACCUUUAGGCUGUGGCAGCACUUGAGAGAUGGGGUACCCAGCCAGAUGGAUACCAGAGCACACUGUCUGUGACCCGUGCCUCAUAAUGCCCAUGGGCUGCCUGGCCCUGGUGCUCCGAGGCUCUAUUUAUAGCAUCAGCAUGCACUGAAUGUCUCUGGCGAUGGGGAUAACAUGUCCCAAGGGACAGCAGGGAUGUAAGAGGCACCAACCACCUGAGGUCUUUGUUUGACUAAAGAGGAAGAAAGCAAAAGGCUAAGAAUCUGCUGCAUUGAUUCAGGAGUCAUGGGUCACAGGCUCAGAGGAGAAACCCUAGAGACCCUCUCCUCCAGUUUGGUCAUUUUUUUUUAGACAAGGAAACUGAAGGUCUGAGAAGUGACAGAAUUGCCCAAGAUCACACAGGUAGGAAGUGGCAGGGGCUGGAAUUCAAAUCCAUGUCCUUUCCCUACAAACCCAGUAUUUGCAGCUAAGUCUACACAACAUUAAUGUCUUUGAGCAUCUACAAAGCUGGGGUGUGGAGUCCAUCUUCCCCACUUCUUUCUUUCUCCACAUCAACCUAACAAAUAAAUUAAUCAAACUCCCCAGGGCAGAAAAGGUCCAGAACUCCCUGCCCUCUUUGAGAAGUAGAAUUUGACAGACCCUGAGCACUGGGCUUUGCCUUCCCCUUCCCCUUGUGUGCCCCCAACACCAACACGUUUCCUUGGCCUCUGUCAGGCUCAGACUAUGGCCCAACAGGACCCUUGUUCAUGUCUCCAUCGGCAUUUAUCACUGCCCCUAAAACGAAGCAGAAGAGAAUGACCUGGCAUUCUCCAUGUGACACUCACUUAGCCUUUGGUCAAAGAAAGCCGGCAGCCCCCUUCUGAGCACAUGAAUCUUCCAACCAGCCCCCUGCUGAGCACGUGAAUCUUCUUUUCGGCUUUCCCCUGUUGCAUGUAACUGUAUUAAAAUGCCAAAUAAUGAUCAGAAGAUCCCUUCUGAUCUGUAUGCUCUAUUGGUCACUGUGUGACCGCCUCAACUAUGGCUUUUCCUGGGUUACAUUAUUGAAGAAUGCAAACUGUGCUUUCAAAAGGUAUUUUUAUGUGUUUUUAAGAACUUUUCAAAAGGGGCCCGACACGUGUUUCAGCAUUUUGAAACAUUUCCAUGUUACCUUUUUUUUAAAAAAUGUAAGAUUAUGGAUACUUUUUUGUUGUUUAACUAAAUUGUGUUUAAUUUAUGCACAAUCUUUAUAAUAUAUGUAUGUAUAAUACAGUCUCAGCCCUCAUUCCUUCUUUUAUUCCACAUAUACUUUGACCUAGCUCUCUUUAUCACACCAGUGAAUGUUGCUGAAUUCUUUGUAUAUGCAAAUUGUAAGAUCUAAUACAUUCUGAGGGAAGGAUCAGUCUUCCCUUGCAUUUCCAGCUUGCAUUUUGGUCUUUAAAUCUCUUCAUUUCAUGCCCAUACUGUACAUGCAUCUAGAUUAGGAAUUCAUCA